UUGUGUUCGGUUGCCCAAAGCCAAAGGAGGCUCUCAGUGGAAAAUGCUGCUUUAUUUGUUGACUUGUUUGCUUCUGACUUCUCAGCUUAUAAGUGCAGAAGUUCAGCCAGAGGUUCAGAAUGCUGUGGAACCUCCAAAAUGUUAUAGCUGCGAGGGCAUUAAUUGUCUCAGAACAACACGGCAGAAUGUAACCAUAAGCUGCUCUGAUAAACUGGAUGUCUGUGUGACUAUUUAUAAUGAUUUUGCUGUCAGCGAAAGGGGUUGCUUCUCUCAGAUUUCCUUGGCUGGCCAGGCCAAGUGUGCGGCCAAGGACAGUCAGUGCCAAAAAUGUAGUGGCCAAUUGUGCAAUAAUCAAGGUCGCAGGGACUUUACUUGCCUUCAAUGCAGUGGCUCUGAUACCGCCGAUUGUAACAAGGGUGCCUCAGCCUCCCUAACUCCUGCCCAGUGCGGACUCCCCACGUCGGCCAACUCCUAUUGCUAUGUCAAGGUCGUCGGCUCAGCCCUGCAACGUGGGUGUGCCCUGUCUGUGAAGGAGCAAAAGUCCUGCCUGGAUGAUGAGAAUUGCUCCCUGUGUCUGCCGGAGGACUCGAGUGAUUCUGCUGCCUGCAACAAUUUCGAUUUGGAUACCAGCUCCAAGAAUGGACAAGGACACUUGGUCAGCAGUUUGGGACUGGCAUCCAUUGCCUUGAUAGUGCUUAAAUUGGUUAAAUAAUUAUGUUUUAACACUUACAAAUAAAUGAAACCAUUAAUCAUUCACUUGGUAUAUAAUUUUAAA